GUGCGCGCCCCGCAGCGGCGCUAUAAAAGCAGCGUCGCGCCUGGAAGCGAGCGUAAGGUAGCCCAGGUGAACACUGCGCUCAGGACACACAGAAGCUUAGUUGCAGCCAUGGCUCCGAGACCACAAGAGGGGACUGAUUCUUCCUCGACCAUUAGUGACAAGUCUCAGGGUAAAGAUAAGAAUACGCCACCGGCUUACUCCACCUUGGACCUGGUGAAUGAGGAGCCUCCUGAGGACGAUCCCUGGGAUCUCCCAGAAAUCAAAGACACCGGGAUCAAGUGGUCGGACCUGGAUACACAAGGAAAGAUAAUGAGAGUGCUGACUUCCAUUGUAAAGCUGAUUCUGCUGCUUGGAUUACUCUACCUGUUUAUUUGCUCACUGGAUGUUCUCAGCUCUGCUUUCCAGCUAGUCGGAGGCAGAGCUGCUGGUGACAUCUUCCAGGACAGUGGUGUGUUAUCCAACCCUGUGGCUGGGCUGGUGAUCGGGGUCUUAGUCACAGUUCUGGUGCAAAGCUCCAGCACCUCCUCUUCUAUUGUGGUCAGCAUGGUAUCUUCUGGAUUGCUGGACGUCAAAUCUGCAGUACCAAUCAUCAUGGGGGCCAACAUUGGAACAUCGGUCACAAACACCAUCGUGGCUGUGAUGCAAGCUGGAGAUCGAAAUGAGUUCCGCAGGGCUUUUGCUGGUGCUACCGUCCACGACUUCUUCAACUGGCUGUCUGUGCUGAUUCUUCUACCCUUGGAAGCAGCGACAGGAGUUCUCUACAAACUCACCGAUCUCAUAAUCAAAUCUUUCAACAUCCAGACUGGAGAAGACGCCCCUGACCUGCUUAAGGUCAUCACGGACCCCCUCACCAGAUCUAUUAUCCAGCUGGACAAGUCAGUGAUCACUGGCAUUGCAACUGGUGACCCUGAAGCUAGGAACAAGAGUCUGGUCAAAAGAUGGUGCAAGACAAAGACAAACAUGACUUUCUGGAAUGCCACUGUGGAAAGCUGCCCUGCAGGUGCCGUCUGUUGGAUGGAAGGAAACCAGACCUGGACUGAGAUGAACACCACAUGGACGGAAUACCUUGUGAAAUGCAAGCACAUCUUCGUCAACGUUGACUUGCCAGACCUUGCCAUAGGCCUCAUUCUCUUAGCUCUGUCUCUGCUCAUCCUCUGCACCUGCCUCAUCCUCAUUGUCAAGCUGCUCAACUCUAUGCUCAAAGGACAGGUGGCUCUGGUCAUCAAGAAAGUACUCAACACAGACUUUCCCUUUCCCUUUGGUUGGGUUACUGGCUAUAUUGCAAUUGUAGUGGGAGCUGGGAUGACAUUCAUUGUUCAGAGUAGCUCCGUCUUCACAUCGGCUAUAACGCCUCUUGUCGGCAUUGGUGUAAUUUCCCUUGAGAGAGCUUACCCUCUGACCCUGGGGUCAAACAUCGGAACAACAACCACCGCUAUACUGGCUGCUAUGGCUAGUCCUGGAGAAACACUAGCCAACUCCCUGCAGAUUGCACUUUGUCACUUCUUCUUCAACAUCAUGGGUAUCAUCCUGUGGUAUCCAAUCCCCUUUAUGCGGGUGCCCAUCAGAUUGGCCAAAGGAUUGGGGAACAAAACAGCCAAAUACCGCUGGUUUGCAGCUGUCUACCUGUUCUUGUGCUUCUUUGUACUGCCUCUGGCUGUGUUUGGUCUGUCAAUAGCCGGCUGGCAGGUCCUGGUCGGCAUUGGUGUGCCUAUUGUCACGUUCAUUAUCAUUGUGAUCAUCAUCAACGUGAUGCAGUCACGAUGUCCUCGCUUCCUCCCCAAGUUCCUCCGCAACUGGGACUUUUUGCCCCGGCCCCUGCACUCCAUGGCACCAUGGGACAAAAUGUUGACGUCUUCCAAGCUCUUCUGUGGCAGACACUGCUGCUGCUGCUGUAAAUGCAGCAAUUGCUGCAGAAAAGAUGAAGAGGCUGAAAAGAUCUCAAAGACCAGCAGGAAGAGCCUGGAGAUGUACGAUAACCCUGCCAUGUCUACAGACGAAGAUACAGCAGAGAACGUUAGAGCAACACAAUUGUAAUAACAUUUCAUGGUAUUGUAAACGAUUGAUUACUCUAAAUUGCCCUUAGGUAUGAGUGUGGGCUUGCGUGGUUGUUUUUCCUUUGUGUCUUUGUGUGGUCCUUUUGAACUGGCGUCUUGUCCCCAAUGACUGCUGGAUAUAGGCAACUGCCACCCCCCACAACCCAGCAAAGACAAGUGGGUAUAGACAAUAGAUGGAUGGUAUUUGUCAGCAGGUGCAAUGCUUUAAUGCAGCCAUGUUUCUGUGACUCGUUUGUAAUUGCUCAUUUGUUCUCAGGUUGUGAUGUUGAUUGUCUGGUGAUAAAUUGUAAUAUACUCUACCUGUCAACACGCAAGAGGCUAUGUACACAACUGUCACCUGUGGCAUGUAAUGUUUAUUUAAGGUUUUUUCCAAAUUAAUGUACAUACUGUUUCCGAUGAGUUCAUAUAAAGUUGUCUGUGAAGUUUUUUAUUUGAAAUUAUGUAUGAAAGCUUUCUUGGGUUUUAUUUUCACAUUUGAACAUUAUGGCUUCCAAUGUUUAAUAUAGCAUUCAAAAUGUAAUAUUGUAUAUGUUAUUCCGCAGUAUUUAUUACUAUGUAAUAUUUGUAAAUUUAAAAAAUUGCUAUUUGUAAAGUACUUUCUCUCAUUUUUUAAUAUAGUUUGAUUAUUUAUUGUAUAUGACAUACAGUAUGGAAAUCCUUCUCUGUAAUUACAUUUUUUUUUUACUGAUUUGAGCAAUCAUUUCAGUUAAAGCUGCGCCAGCAUGCUUCACAUGACUAAGGAGGACACAGAGGCAAGUUUAGAUAUGAACAACACAAAUCAAAGUCUUAAAGGUAUAGUUUGAAUUUUGAUUUUAAUUUACCCUCUGUUGGAAGGUUUCAAGCAGUUGGCAUCUUACCUGUAUGACAAUGCUCUGUAAGCACAUUUGUCUUUUAUACAUCUAAAAGUACAUCUGUGCCUUUUUAAAACAACUCUAAAAAAAUGUGACAGCUGCUUUUAUUUCAAAUAAAGACCUUGCAUAGAGGUCUCUGGCUAUUUACAUGAA